GAGGGGGAAUGCGAGGCACAUGGACAGUGAACCAGAGAUCUCUGCUUCUCCCACUGUCUCCUCUCUCCGCUUGGAUUACUGCUGAGGAAGGACCCUGUCUGGAUACUCCUCCUCCACUCCUUCCCUCCCCUCUCUACCUCUCGCUGAGGUACUCAGUCUAAAGCUCCCAGAUCUCACGUCUCUUUCUCCCCCUCUCCCCUUGCUUCCCCCUCAGGAUGUCGUGUGAGGAGGCUCAGCUCCACAAAGAGAGGCUGCAGGCCUUGGCGGAGAAGCGAAAACGGCAAACUGAGAUCGAAGAGAAAAGAGGCCAGCUGGAUGGCCUGGUGCUACAACUACAGCAUCUCAAGUCCAAAUCCACGCGUGAGCGAUGGCUCCUCCAGGGAAUGGGUGCGGAGCAAGAGGAGGGACGGCGGAAACAGCUGGAACAGGACGAAGAACAAGGAAAGAGGCUGGAAGACAUUAUACACAGGCUGGAAUCUGAAAUCGGUACACUGGAGAGCGAAGAGUCACAGAUCUCCGCCAAAGAGCAGGUUCUACGACAACGUCUGAAAGAGACGGAGCGCUCCAUAGAAGACCUGCAGAAGAGUCUGAUGGCACAGGGUGGAGGUAUUACACACAAGAUCACUGUGUCCCCAUCCUCAUGCUUCACUCCCUCCACUUUUUCCUCCCAACAUCCCUCACCCUCUCCACUGGUUCCUUCCCACCCCCUCACCUUUACCUCCAACCCCACUCCCUUCUGCAUCAACCCCUCCUCCCCAAUCCCUUCCCCCCCUCCCCUCCUAACAGCAAUGUUUGCCAUGGAGAUCAACGUGCAGCACGACCCGACGACCGGCGAGCAGCGCAUCCUGUCGUCCAAUCGCGUGAGCCCGCUGGAUGCGGCGUCGCGCGGCGUCAAAGUCUACGACGACGGCAGGAAGGUGGUCUACGAGGUCACAUCCUCCGGGGGCGUGUCCACCAGCAACAUGAUGGAGAACGGGUGGAGCUCCGCGCAGGUGGACCAGCUGAUCCAGAGAGCAGCCAGGCCGGGGUCUCAAGGAGGCGAGGGCGACAGGGGCAAGGUGACGGUGACCCCCGCCGCCCCGCAGGCCUACAUCUCCCCCGCAGAUACUGACGACCUGUCUCCACCCUCCUGCGCUCCGCCCUCCGUUCCUUCGAGCCCGCCCGCCCAGGUGACCCUCCAGAGGGAGCCUCAGCUCGGCAUGAUGCCCCCUUCUGCUCCCAUCACCACCCAGCCCGCCUCCUCCGCCCACCCCGGUGGUGAGUUCAGCUCGCUGCUCCAGGCCAGCACAGAGCACCCGAUCACCAUGGUGUUCCUCGGCUACCAGGACGUGGAGGACACAAGCGAGAGCAGGAGGCUGCUGGGAUUCGACGGCACCGUGAAGGCCGAGGUGGUGCUCAUCGACGAAGACGACGAGAAGUCUCUGCGGGAGAAGACGGUCACCGACAUGUCCAUCAUCGACGGCACGGCGGCCGACCUGGUGUCGGGGCGGCCGGCCACGUCAGAGGGCGCCAGCACGGAACUGUCAUCCGACGGCCAUGACCCCGACAGCGCCUCCUCGCCCCCCGCCAACCCCGACGCCAACACGGCCCCCCUGCCAGGCCUCACCCCCGCCACAGGCUACGGAAAAACAUCAGGGGUUACCUUGACAACAGCAAAUGGGAACCAAGCUGCCAUUCCGACCAUGCACCCUCACACCGCCAUGAAAUCGUGGCGGGCAGCCGAGGAUGUCAGUGACACAACACCUAGAGAGCGAGCCCUGAAGAGCGUGAGUUUCCAGGAAUCGGUCAGCGUCAUCACUGACAGCCCUGCAGCCAUGGAGCUGGAGAGCCAGCAGAUCCAACAUGGCUGCCUCAGCAGCCCCAGCAACAAAGCCCAUAAUGCAGUUCCUGACAGCGAGGUGAUGCAGGAGAUCCGUUACUUGGACCAGGUUUUAGACGCCGCCUCCGAAAGCCCCACCAACGGAACUUCUUCUCCGUCAGAACACAGCAAGAUCAUCAGCAUCGAUGGAAACUCUCCCUCCGUCCGCAUGUCAGCCUCCUCCCCCGUCAAUCACCAUGCAGUGGUGGUGGAGGGUCAGAGAGAAACCACGUUCCUGCACCACGAGGACUCUGCUGUGAGGACCAACGGCCACGUGCAGGGGGGGGAGACGGGGAGCGGUGGGGCCAAGUUUGAGCUGAGAGCGUUUCAGGAAGAGAAGAGACCCGCGAAGCUCUUUACCCCCGGAGAGGAGCAGCAGGUCAGGGUGGCGAGGAGACGACCCUCAGGGGAGGUGGAGGAGCUGGAGCGAGAGCGUCAAGAGCUGAUCAAAGACCAGGCAGUGAAGAAAAACCCCGGCAUCGCCAAGCGCUGGUGGAACCCCCCCCAGGAGAUUCCUUUGGAAAAUCAGCUGGACGCAGAGCAGCUCGAGUCUCUCAAGAAAUACCAGGAGAGGAAACAGCAUAAACAGAGUCCCACUUACACACACACACAGCCCCAGGUUUCAGGACCUCCUACAAUGGUGACCUUUGACCCAGAUCUGAACAGGAAGGAGGACAUUGUGCAGGAGCAGAUCAACUUCUCCUCUGCCAGGAAGCAGUUUCUGCAAGGAGACGCUACCAAGAGGGACGUGGCUCCUUACAUGUACUCUGCCAAACCCUUUUCCAAAUCCACACCCAGGAGCAGCCAGGGGUUCAGUGACAGUAUUGGAGACGCCGGGGAUAGUCAUGUGACCUGGUCUGAUGAAGGAUACGGAGCAGAGUUCACUUGUGCACGAGCGGUGAUGACCAUCCUGCCUGACGACGAGGAGGGGAAGAGCCCUUUCCACCCGGGUUUCCACCCCGAGGAGUCUGACUCGGGGUUAGACGAGUUGUCUCUCCGCUCUCAGGACACCACCGUGUUUAGCUCGGAUAAUGUUUCCGACAGCGGGGCUUCGCUACCGCCGACCCCUCAGCCCCUCACCCCGGUGUCCCCGCCGACGCCCCAGCCCACCACGCCUGUGAACGGGCAGGCCAAUGGCAGCCCAUCAGAAUUCGAGCUGGAGUACCAGGCAGGAGUCCUCGUCCAAAACGCCAUCCAGAGCGCCCUGUCAGCUCAGGACGGAGAUGAUUGGCUGCCCUCCGACUUGAAUUCUUCACAGCUCAGCGCCCCGGUGUCUCCAUCCUCAGCCUCGACAGGAAGCCCCGUGCCAGUGUCUUCCUCCCCUGCAUCCUCUGGUGGAGCUCCUAGUCUCCAGUCACCCAUGUCCUCCAGUCCUGCUCCAUCCAACCUGUCUCCUCUGCCAGACAGACGUCCAGAAGUAGGGUUUGAGAAGCCUUUAGAGUCAGAACACGCUCUGCAGCAGCUCCAGACGCCUUCUCCCCCUCCCUCUCAGCCCGUCUCCCCCCCACAGAGAGCCAAACAUGGAGGCCCAAGGAUCAAAAUCCAAUCCUCUUAUGCCAGAGCCCUCGCCUCCUCAGCCCCGGCUCCAGCUCCUGCCUCCACAGCCACAGCUGCUCCAGUGUCCCGGCCGACCCCAGUCUACCGUCCCCCUUCUCCCCCGAGCCCGGAGAAACCGGAGUUCAGCUACUUCAGCAAGUACUCGGAGGCGGCCGAGCUGCGGAGCACAGCGGCCGCAGCGAAAGGCCCCGAGGUGGAGGCGUCCAGUGGGCCGUUCCGCCUGCGCUCUAAGAAGCAGAGGACUCUGUCCAUGAUUGAGGAGGAGAUCCGAGCCGCUCAGCAGAGGGAGGAGGAGCUGAAGAAGCAGAGGGUGGAGCAGCCCGCCGCCAGGGUCCGCCCCGGCAACACGCCUGGCAACGCUCCCAGCAACAAUCAGGGUUCCGUGAGGGUGCGGCAAACCAAUAUCUCCCCAGCAGACAAGAUGAAGAGCAACAGCCUGCCAGCUCGACUCACUCUGACAGCGAGGACGGCUCCAGGAAAGAUCGAGAAGGUUCGCCCUGCUCCCCCCGUCUCCCCCUCGCCCUCAGAGGGAGCGCUGUCUGACGCCGGCAGCGAGGACUCCGGAGGACGACCCAAAAACUACAUGCAGACGCUAAUGGAAGACUACGAAACACACAAAGUGAAGAGGAGGGAGAAAAUCGAUGACAACAGCUAUGCCCGUUUGUUGCUGGUCAACGAGGUAACCACUGAGGUUCUGGAGGCCACUCGCGUCACCAGGAGGAAAAGCGACAUGGCGCGGAAAUGGGAGGCCGGUAUCUACGCUAAUGAGGAUGGAGAAGUAGGAGAAGAAGAAGAAGAAGAGGAGGAGGAGGAGGAGGAAGAAGAAGAAGAGGAGUAAGCAGAAGAGUAA